CCCGACCACCCGCGUGGCCCGGGCUGCGCCGCGCGAGCCCUCUAGGCGGCCGCAGGGCCCCAGCUGCUCCACCGCCGGCGCUCCCUCGGAAACCAUGACCCCCGGCGCGGGCCCAUGGAGCCAUGGCCUAUAGGGUCCUGGGCCGCGCGGGGCCACCUCAGCCGCGGAGGGCGCGCAGGCUGCUCUUCGCCUUCACGCUCUCGCUCUCCUGUACUUACCUGUGUUACAGCCUCCUGUGCUGCUGCGACGACCUGGGUCAGAGCCGCCUCCUCGGCGCGCCUCGCUGCCUUCGAGGCCCCGGCGCGGGUGGCCAGAAACUUCUUCAGAAGUCCCGCCCUUGCGAUCCCCCGGGCCCGACGCCCAGUGAGCCCAGCGCGGCCAGCGCGCCUGCUGCCGCCGCGCCCGCCCCUCGCCUCUCCGGUGUCAACCACUCCGGCUCGCCUAAGCUGGGUACCAAGCGACUGCCCCAGGCCCUCAUUGUGGGCGUGAAGAAGGGAGGCACCCGCGCCGUGCUGGAGUUUAUCCGCGUGCACCCGGACGUGCGGGCCUUGGGCACCGAGCCCCACUUCUUCGACAGGAACUACGGCCGCGGGCUGGACUGGUACAGAUCGGUGCGCGGUUUCUUGAAUGGCGAACGACCCUUAGCUCUGAAGUCGCGGGCAGGGAAGGGAGGUCUCUGCCAGGGUUCUGGAGGUGAGCUGGAGAGCUGGCUCCGUGUCCAGCCUCUAGGGGAAAGAAAGCUGGGCGCGCAGGGAAGGGGCAGCCGGGACAGGGGCGGCCUGAACAGAGCCCUCUCCGGAGCCUCGCCAGAUCUUUCCUGGCCUCUAAGAGACCCUGAGAAGGGAAAGUUCGACCAGGGCCCCCUGGUGGCAGGGCUCGGCGCUGGGGCGAGGUCCUCGAAGUUGAGGCCAAAAGAGAGGGCGUCCUCGGAGGGGUGGGAGAGGGAAAGGUCCCUUCCAGAGGAGUCUCAUUCUCAGCUCCGGGUAUUUGCAGCUGCAUCUGGGCCGAGGAUCCCAGUCACUCGGAGCCCCGAAUUGUUUUUCGAGUAG